UAUGUAAGAGUGUUUGGGAAAAUGACCAUGCAUUUAAGGGUUAAAUAGCUUUAUUGGCAUAGUAAAAAAUAAUCUAACAUAACCAUAGGAGAGAGCAUAACGGUCAACAAGCGUGUUACGACAGUAAGUCACCGUUUGCAGAUAACAUUCAAAUAAAUGGGAGAGAGCCGUAAACUGACACCUACCUGUCGCAAAAUCGUUCGUGACUUGUCUUAUAAAACAGCAAUUUUAUCGUAGUAAACAACACCACUCAUAGUUCAUUCCAAAGGGAUUAUUUAGUGUAAAACAUGAAGAUUAGCGGACAGGAGGUUAGUUAAUUUUAGUGAUGAGCUGUUUCCCCACAAAAUAAGUUUAUUCAGCACACUGAAGCAUCUCCUCCAGAGACAUCCGUUAAAAAACGGGCUCUUGUUUCCCAUAUAAUGUCUAUGGGACCACCGCGUUGUGCACUGUUGCUAACCUUAUAUGCUAAAUUGGUAGAAGGGCUCUGGCUCAACUACAACGCGCAUGCCGUACUGUGCAGAGUGAGACGUUGUCAUGACAACGACAACAACACUGUAUCCAACAACAGCUGUUUUCUGACAGAAGAGUCGUAAGAAAUGUUCACUCCAUGACCGUACAUGUAACACAGGAAUGAUGAGUGCCCAAGACUGUCCAGUACAGGUGUAUAUUCGCAUUCGACCCACAGCCAGUUUUGCCCAUGAUAUCAUUGAAUGCCUACCUGACCAGCAGACUUUAAGUGUGCGGUCAAGGAAAGACUUCAAGAAAGUAUCGGGCAAUAAUCAGCCGAGCUCCUGGUCAUUUAAACUGAAUGGGGUGCUGCAUAAUGUGUCACAAGAGGAAGUCUACGAGUGUGUUGCCCACAGUGUAGUGCAAGGAGCCUUUGGAGGAUACAAUGGUACAAUCAUGUGCUUUGGGCAAACUGGAGCAGGGAAAACAUACACUAUGACAGGUGCUACAGAGACUUAUAAACAGAGAGGCAUCAUUCCUCGUGCCCUACAGGAGGUUUUCCAUGAGGUGAAGCAUCGUGCAGACCAUACCUUCUCUGUUCACCUCUCCUUUCUUGAAAUCUAUAAUGAAACUAUGAUAGACUUGCUGUCAACCUUAAAGCAGGGAAAGGGUGCAAAAAGUGGGGCAUUAGCAGUGGUAGAAGAACCAGGGGGUGAAGUGUCAGUUAAAGGGCUGUCUUUACAUCUGGUCCACAACGAAGAGGAGGCUCUUAAUCUGCUUUUUGAGGGAGAGAUGAACAGAAUUAUUGGAGAACAUGCCCUUAAUAAACAGUCCUCCAGGUCUCAUUGCAUAUUUACCAUCCAUAUUGAGUCUAGGUCACGCACACUAUCAAAUGCAAAAUACAUCACCUCUAAACUGAACCUGGUAGACUUGGCAGGAUCUGAAAGACUAAGCAAAACUGGGUCAGAGGGUCAAGUCCAAAGGGAGGCCAUGUACAUCAACAAGUCCCUGUCUUUUCUGGAGCAGGCCAUCUUGGCUCUGGCUGACAGUCGCAGGGAACAUGUUCCCUUCAGACAGAGCAAGCUCACCCAUGCUCUUAAAGACUCACUUGGAGGAAACUGUAACACAGUGCUUGUGGCCAACAUAUACGGCGAAGCAGCGCAAAUUGAGGAGACGCUUUCAACUCUUCGCUUUGCCACCAGAAUGAAAUGUGUAAAAACAAAGCCAUCAAUAAAUGAACAUGUCGAUCCUGUGCUACAGGUGCAAAGACUGCAGAAAGAAAUCCAGUUUCUUAAGGAGUUAUCUAUGUAUAACACACUGACUAAUCACGUUGGAGCUUCAAAUGGGAUACUCUCAGAGAUGCAUGUGGCGGAAGUGAAGAGUCAAGUGCAGAGAUACCUGUCUGGCUCACUGGAUGAGAUUCCGAUUGUGAGCAUUACACAAAUCCAAGAAGUGUUUUCCCAGUUCAGAAAAGUAGUACUGGAGCAGGAAGAGAAACUGAGAGAGCAGCUCCAACCAAAAAAUACUUUGGUAGAGAAAGCCAUGAAUACAACACCAUCCUCUGUUGCAGAGGGCUCUGCAAGUGCUGUAGGUGAGGUGGAGAGUUCUGGAUAUGGGCUUGGUGUAGCAGACACUUCACAGAGGCACCUACGAAAUGCGUCACCUAAACCAAGUAAAGCAAGAAAAGACAAACAAAGCAGAAAGGAAGGAGCAGUGAACCAGGGGCCGAAGGAAAGCACUACUCUACAAGCCGAACAACCCCUAAACCUGAGUGAAUCAGAUGUUACCACACAUGAAACCCACAAACAUUCUUCUGAAGAAAAACUUAGAACUGAGUCUCCUCCGUCCAAGGCUGAGGCAUUUGAGGAUUUCAAGGCAGAACGGGGAAGUGAGAUUAACCGCAUCCUAAAGGAGAACAAGGCUGUGCUGUUGGAGCGCAUGUCCCAAUUGCGCACACUCACAGAUGUCAUAAAUGUGACUAAACGGAAUAUUGACUGCAUUGCUUCUGAACUGCGACAAUUCAGGGAACGACGACAAAGCCAGGGGCAGUUUGUGAAUGGAGAGGGGGAGCCUGUGUUGGAGGAGGCAGAGCUGUCUCUAGUGAUGCAGCUGAAAAAGUUGAAGAACCGUUAUAGGCAGGCCUACGAAGACCUCAGUAGCACAAAGGCAGAAGUCAGCUACUGUCAGUACCUGGUGGAUCAGUGCCGUACACGGCUGCUAACAGAGUUUGAGAGCUGGUACAAUGAAUCGUUCCUGUUGCCGGAAGAAGUGUUGUCAGUCUUAGAAGCAGGACCAAUUAGGCCAGGUCAUGUGCCUUUGGACAAAGCAUUAACCCUGGAAGAGGAUGAACAUGAGCAUUAUGAGCAUGUCCGUUACAAGCUGCAUGCAGACAGUUCCAGUGCCGUGUCAUUUUACAAUGCCUAUAACAGGACUCUGCAGAGGAGGGGAAGCAGACAGGUGUCUCAGAGUCUAGGCUCUAGGAGUGACAGCAAGAGUAAAAUAAAAUUCCCCUCCAUUCUCUCAAUGAUCUGAUGAAGGCCUCCAUGUUCUGUCGUGCAGUCUCCAGAGUAUUCGACACUUAAUGAAGCAUAUGGUCUAUAUAUAUGAAAGUAAAAGGACAAUAAACUAAGCCAACUUUACACAUAACACCUCUGCUACCUAAAAGCUGUUUGCACUUAUACGCAUACUGUAGAAUGUGUCAUCAAAAUUGCAACCAACAUUGUCCAGCUCUGACACAAAAGGAAGUACAAAGACAGUCUGCUGUUUGGAUAUUUUUUUUUUCAGCUGAAAAUACAACUUGCUUAAACUGAAUGUGUUCCGCUUAUUUAUUUAUUUGUUGAGCUGUACAUCAACACUUUACAGUACAUUUUCGAAUUUAAGAAAAGGGCAACCUCUAAUUAGAUGCAAGAGUAACUUCAGUACAUCAGGUUGUUAAAUGAAAAGUAAACUUUAUUAUUCCUGAACCACAAAAUAGACUUCUUUGGUUGUACAAAUUCACUAGUUACAGUCCUGAAUGAGCUCUAUCCCAAGACCUUCUGUCCCACCCUCCCCAUUAGCAAAUAAAAAAGAAACCUCCCCAACAACAAAUCAAGAAAAAAAACAAAGCAAGAUCAAACUGUUCAGCUCUUCUAAAAAAAAAAAAAAUGUAAAAAUGUAGUGAAUCCCAUUAUACCAUUGGUUACCGAAAACCAACUUUUCGAACUAUGCUUAUAAAAAUUAGAUCAGCCAUUCCCAAAGUGUUAUUAACCAAAACUGAAUUUCAGUCAAUGAGAGCAACACAAAAGCUAAGAUUAGUAACAUAAAAAAAAAAACAUGUGAUUGACAAGUUCAUUGGGCCACAGUGUUGAUGGCAGCUAGUGAACAACUGGUUUGAAAACAGUAAAAUAAAACCUGUUAUUUGAAGGGAUAACCAAAGUCUUUUGCCUUUAUCCACACAAAGGAUUGAAAGAAAACUCGCAAAAUUGCAUAAGCCAAUAUACACACAUGAAUCACUCAGUAAAGACACUGACAGAAUCAUCAACACCCUCCAGACUUUAGUUUGGUCUUGGGGUAGAAAGGCUCAGAUUCAAUUCUAAUUGCUUCUUUUUCAGCUUUUGUACAUUAUUCACACAAUGAGCUUGUCAGUGGCUUUAAACUAUUUAAAAAAAGUAAAGAGAAAAAAGUAAAGAGAAAAAUAUACAGUAUAA